AUGUCUAUUCCAAAUGAAGCUCUCCAAAAGCUCCUCCAAGAGAUCGAAUCCCGCGUGAUUACCUCACAGCAACAGAUCGGGAUUACGAAGGCGCAGAUGACGAGCAAGAACCGUGAUAUCCGGAUGCUGGAGCUUACGUCAAAGGAACUGGGCACUUUGCCUGCCGAGACGAAGGUCUAUGAGGGUGUUGGGAAGAUGUUCGUUGCGGUCCCCAGAACAUCAGUUGACAAGCGGAUAUCGACAGAGAGCGGGGAGCUGAAGGGGGAGAUUGAGAGUUUGGAGAAGAGGAUGAACUAUCUAGAGAUGACGUUCAAGAACAGUCGGGAGAACCUGGAGGCGAUUUUGAAAUCUGGACGGGCGUGA